UAUCCAGUAUUUGAUUUCCCCCGGAGUUUUAAACGAACGGACGAAUUAUGAUGCUGUGAUGCUUAUCCCACUAGUUAAUAUCAUAUGGUUUUCGUUAGCGUUAUGUUUUAUCGUAGCUUUCUGCAUCUAUACAUUUUCGUUUAAACUGCCUCACAAACUCGAUCAAGUGUUUCAGGAUUUAAUUCGAUAUGGAAAAACUAAGGAAAACAUCAAGCGCCCGAGCUGGCAGCUCAGUUUUGACGUAUCUAAGAGCUAUUUCUUUCAUUUCUACGCGGUGUCAGUCUUGUGGAAUGGACUCCUCCUACUGUUCUCUUUCCGGUCUGUCGUCAUGGGCGAGGCGUUCCCUGAUUGGCUGAUAGACUCGCUGUGGUGUUUGACUGGCAGGCCAAGAGCUGCUUGGAAAGAAUUACAGCUUUCCGUUCUGCUUUUACAAGUGCUACUUUGGGUCCAUUCCCUUAGACGGCUGUUGGAGUGCUUGUUUGUCAGUGUAUUUUCUCACGGUGUGAUCCAUAUAGUACAAUAUGCUUUUGGUUUGGCCUACUAUGUCCUUCUUGGCCUAACUGUCCUGUGCGUAAAUGCCUGUCUGACAGAAGAAGGAGCCAAAUCAGUCCCGUUCUCUCAUCAGCUGACAUGGUAUCAUGUAAGCGGGGUUUUUCUCUUCAUUUGGGCUUCACUCCUCCAGCACCGGUCCCUCUCACUGCUGGCAAAGCUGAGGACUGACCACUCAGGCAAAGUAAAGUCCUUGGCCCACAAGAUGCCAUGUGGAGACUGGUUUGAGUGGGUCUCCUGUCCACAUUACCUGGCUGAGCUUCUGAUUUACACUGCCAUGAGUGUUUGUUGUGGUUGCAGCUCAGUAACCUGGUGGAUGGUGGUACUGUAUGUACUCUAUAACCAGGCAUUGGCUGCUCAGCUCUGUCAUGAUUAUUAUAGGAGCAAGUUUGAAACCUAUCCAUGUCAUCGGAAAGCUUUCAUUCCUUAUAUCCUGUAAUUUUGAUUAAAUGAAUAAAACUAUUGAUUGAA